ACACACACACACACACACACACUCACUCACUCACUCACUCCCACCCUGCUGGCAGCGAGGAGGCAGCGGCGGGGAGGGCGGGGAGGAGGGAGGGGCCGCACCGCGGAUCCGCCAGGUCCCCCAGUCCGCCCCGCCAGGCCCCCAGCCAGCCAGCAUGCCCGGGGAGGCGGCCCGCGCCGAGCUGCUGCUGCCCGCGGGGGGUGGCCCGGGCCCUCGCACAGAUAAAGAAACUGAGGCUCAGAGGUUGAAUGGGAUGAUGUCCUACCCAGCCAUUGAACCCCAUGAUGCUGCUGCCUCUACACCCAGUGGGGACCUGCCCAUGCCUGAGGACUUGUCCAUGCAGGGGGACCUGACGCCAGGGCCAGCCUCUAUCCCCUUAGCCUUCCUACCCGCCAAGCACGGUGACCGGCCGCAGCCAGAGGGGGCCAGCUCGGAUGCUGGAGUGGGCAGCACCAGUUCUGGUCGAACUGCCUUGGGAGAGUGCAGCCCCGUGGUAGGACCCCCAAAAGGACUCCCUGAGGAACCCCUCAUCCUGGAGAGUCUGGAGCCUCGGGUUGUGAUGGGUGAAGAGACAAGCAGUGGCGGGUCCCAGCAGGCCACCACAGAGCUGCCCAAGGAGCCCCAGGCAGCUGAACCCCUGACAGUGACAGAUUCAGAGCUCAGGGACUUGGAGGGUAGGCGGGCUGGCCCCAGCCCGCCCCCCGAGCUGCUCUCUCAGGGUGACCUCCCUGUGCCUUCCCCCCGCCUGGACCCAGACCCUUACUUCACAGCUCCUUCCACCCCCACCAAGGUGGCCUGUUCCUAUCUGUUCACCCACUCUCUCUGCCUGAGUGAGGAACCCAGUGACACUGAGGUCGAUAUCCUCGGCUCACCACCCACAUCCCCCUCUGGCUCCUACAUCACCGCAGAGGGGGGCAGCUGGGCCUCUUCUAGCAGCUUUAGCACAUCCCCGUCCUGUUCCCCCAACCUGCUAAUGGAGACUGAGGGGCUGGACUCUCCUGAGAACGGGGACUUCUCCCUCCUCUGCUCCAAUGAGGAAGGUGGCCAAGAGAGUCCCCUUGGCGGGGCCUCUGACUCGGAUGACACGGAGCUCCUGCCUGUAGGGCCUCGGGACCUCCCCUCCUCAGAAUCGAGCCUCUCUGGGGACAGCGGCUCCUCCUGGAGCCCAGGAAGGAGAGGGGAUUCCUUCCCGGACAUCAGCAUUCCUGGCAGUGAUACUAUGAUCCCGGCCACCUUGCUACCUUUCCGAGGCAGUCUGAUCUUUGAGGCCGAUGCUGUGGAGAUCAUGCUGUUGCCCCAGGAGGAAACUCCGAGCAGAGAUAGUGAAGGUGAGGAUGACAGCACUUCAGCCUCCUUCCUACAGUCCCUGUCAGAGAUGUCCAUCAAUGAGGGUGUGGAUGAGGCCUUUGCCUUCCGAGAUGACACUUCAGCUGCCUCUUCAGACUCUGACUCGGUUUCCUAUGCUGGGGAGGAGGAUGAGAGGCUCUAUAGUGAAGAGCCCCAUGCCCAGCCUCCGCUCCCUCUCCGGCCUAGCUCCCCAGAGUCUGGGGAUAGCUUAGCUGAGAAGGAGGAGGAAGUAGUAGCUGCACAGCUCCCAGCCCAGUGCACAGGGCUUGGCUUAGGUGUGGAGUCUGCUGCCAUGGCAUCGACCUUUCAGUCCCUACAAGAAACGGGUCUAGAUCCCAUCGCAGUGACAACAUCCCAGACCAUACAAAAAGUAGCAGACCUGGAACCCAUUGCUAUGUCAGUGGCUCCUCAGACCCUACAAGAAACAGCAGGCCUAGAACCCAUUGCCAAGAAGACAUCGCUGACCCUACAAGAAACAGCAGGCCUAGAACCCAUUGCCAUGAAGACAUCCCAGACUAUACAAGAAGCAGCAGCUCUAGAGUCCAUUGCCAUGAAAACAUCGCAGACCCUACAAGAAACAGGCCUAGAACCAAUUACCAUGAAGACAUCCCAGACUAUACAAGAAGGAGCAGAUCUAGAGUCCAUUGCCAUGAAGACAUCCCAGACUAUACAAGAAGAAGCAGAUCUAGAGCCCAUUGCCAUGAAGACAUCACAGACCCUACAAGAAACAGUAGGCCUAGAACCCAUUGCCAUGAAGACAUCCCAGACUAUACAAGAAGGAGCAGAUCUAGAGCCCAUUGCCAUGAAGACAUCGCAGACCCUACAAGAAACAGUAGGCCUAGAACCCAUUGCCAUGAAGACAUCCCAGACUAUACAAGAAGGAGCAGAUCUAGAGCCCAUUGCCAUGAAGACAUCGCAGACCCUACAAGAAACAGGCCUAGAACCCAUUACCAUGAAGACAUCCCAGCCUAUACAAGAAGAUCUAGAACCCAUUGCCAUGAAGACAUCCCAGACCAUACGAGAAGAAGAUCUAGAACCCAUUGCCAUGAAGACAUCCCAGACUAUACAAGAAGCAGUAGAUCUAGAGUCCAUUGCCAUGAAAACAUUGCAGACCCUAGAAGAAACAGUAGGCCUAGAACCCAUUGCCAUGAAGACAUCCCAGCCUAUACAAGAAGAAGAUCUAGAGCCCAUUGCCAUGAUGACAUCCCAGACUAUACAAGAAGGAGCAGAUCUAGAGUCCAUUGCCACGAAGACAUCCCAGACUGUACAAGAGGAAGCAGAUCUAGAGCCCAUUGCCAUGAAGACAUCACAGACCCUACAAGAAACAGUAGGCCUAGAACCCAUUGCCAUGAAGACAUCCCAGCCUAUACAAGAAGAAGAUCUAGAGCCCAUUGCCAUGAUGACAUCCCAGACUAUACAAGAAGGAGCAGAUCUAGAGUCCAUUGCCACGAAGACAUCCCAGACUGUACAAGAAGAAGCAGAUCUAGAGCCCAUUGCCAUGAAGACAUCGCAGACCCUACAAGAAACAGUAGGCCUAGAACCCAUUGCCAUGAAGACAUCCCAGCCUGUACAAGAAGAAGUGGAUCUAGAGCCCACUGCCAUGAUGACAUCCCAGCCUAUACAAGAAGAAACAGAUCUAGAACCCAUUGCCAUCAUGAUAUCCCAGCCUAUACAAGAAGAAGCAGAUAUAGAACCCACUGCCAUGAAGACAUCAAGGCCUAUAAAAGAAGCAGAUCUAGAACCUGUUGCCACGAAGACAUCCCAGCCUAUACAAGAAGAAGCAGAUCUAGAACCCAUUGCCAUCAUAUCCCAGACCCUACAAGAAGCAGAUCCAGAACCCACUGCCAUCAUGACAUCCCAGCCUAUACAAGAAGCAGCAGAGAUAGAACCCAUUGCCAUCAUGACAUCCCAGACCAUACGAGAAGCAGAUCUAGAACCCAUUGCCAUCAUGACAUCCCAGACCCUACAAGAAACAGUAGACCUAGAACUCAUUACCAUGAAGACAUCUCAGGCCCCACAAGAAACAACAGACCUGGAACCCAUUGCUAUGGACACAUCUCACACCCUAAAAGAAAUGGGAGGCUUAGAACCUAUUGCCAUGAUGACAUCUCAGACCACACAAGAAGCAGUAGGCCUAGAACCCAUUGCCCUGACAUCUCAGACAGUACAAGAAACAGUAGGCCUAGGCCCUAUUGCUAUGGCAGUGACCCCUCAGAUCCUACAAGAAGAUCUAGAACCCAGUACUGUGACAUCUCAACCAUUACAAGAAGUAAGCCUAGAACCAAUUGCUGCAGCAGUGACCCCUCAGACUCUGCAAGAAGAAACGGGCUUCACAUUAGGCCUGGAGCCUAUUGCUAUGGAGAUAUUUCAGGCUGACAGGACGCAGGUAACACCAGAGACCCUCCCUGCCAUGGGGCAGGAGGAGGGAGAGGGAGAGAAACAAGAAUGCCUCCAGGAUGAAGAAGAGCCAAGGGAGGGCCUUGUUGCCUGUUUCAAUAUAGAUGAGGAAGCUGAACCAUUGUCCCCCCAGAGAGAAACUCUGCCAGAGGCUUGGGAGCUGGCAGAUGGCCAAGACCAAGGUGUUGAGGGGCAGGAGGCGCUAGCUGGUGAGGAUGAAGGCUUGAACCCUCUGGCUGAGCAAGGUUAUGUAGUCAUUUCCAAAGGCUCUGAGGAUGCCUCAUCAAGGGAUGUCAGUGGAGAAGGGUGUCCCCCUGUCUCCCUGGAGUGUUCCCUUCAGUGGCCUCCACGCCAUCUGGAAGAGGAAUCAGAUUUGGAAAAUGAGGGCUCUGUUGGUGAGAAUGAGAGUUCAGAACAGCACUUAGUGUCUCCCACAAAGAUGGAUCUUGUGCCAGGGUCACUGGAUGCUAUCCAAUCCUCUAAGGAGAUCAGAGCUCCAGGGCCCAGUUCUGGACCUGGCCUGGAAGAAACAGAUGUCCUGAGGAAGGAGUUACUGAGAGAGAUCGAAUUUAAUCUGGAGGAAAACUGCCCAGAGGAGCCAUCUCAGAAGUCUCUACCCAGUGGUGAAAUCCUAGAACCCAGUGAAGCCCUUGAGCCUGUGCUUAGAGCAAAGGAGUCCCAUGGUACCUCAAGGGAAGGUUCCCCAGGUUCCCCAGUGUUAUCUGAGGGCCCCCAGCUAAAGACUGACUUGAGGUGGGACACUGAACAGGUAUCCUUCCUCAGGCCAGAGGGAGAGGUGCCUAGUUCCUCCUCCCCAGAGGAGCUGUCUGACGUCCCCUUCAUGCUCAAGCACCAAGAGACUUUGGUGGUUGCUCCUAUACCCCUUGUGGGCACUGAUGGCCCCAAACUUUUGGUGGAGAGAGUUCCUUCCUCUGUUUUGUCCUCAAAUGACUGUUCCCUUGAAGAACUGAGAGGCCCAUCUGAAGAGAAGAGGCCCUCGCCUCAGAGCUCCCUGGGCAGGGAGAAGCCACCAAAUCCAGCAGGUGGCCCACACACAAAGUUAGGGAAAUCACAGCCCCAUUCUGCCGCUCCUGUGCCUACCUUCAAGGAGGCCCAGAGCUCUUCUGCCCCUGUAAUCCCAAUGCCCAGCACAGUGGCUCCCCAGUCCUCUUCUAGCCCAGAGGCCUCAAGCAAUAAGGGCCCCCCACUUCCCUUGACCCAGAAGCAAGAGGGGGGUAGGGUGGAGGGAGCAGUCUCUUCCUCAGCCCGGGCUGUCUCAGGGAACAUGCCCCCAUCGGCCUUGUGCCCAUCAGACCUGGGCACAACAGUAGCAACGCGGAAAGCAGGAUCUCCCCGGCACCGUUCUCCAAGGGGUCAAGUCCUAGUGUCCCCUAGAACACCAACCUCAAAAGCGGUCCCCUAUGCCAAAGACCAGGCCCCAGCAGGGUCUCCUGAGGUGAUCUCAAACCCAUGCUCCAGGGGACUCUGGGCAGGGCAGGCUCCCCUGGGGGGGUCUGUACCUCAGGCGGUUCCCAAGCCCCCCAUUCCCAGCCAAGUGCCUCCAGGCCCUGCUCCUGGCCCAGGGCUCUGGACCCUAACUCACUCUAGAGGGGGGCCUGCCGCUGUUCGGCAAGAGGAGUGCAGCCCCAGAGAUGUAACCCCUCCACCAGGACCCCGGCUGAGCAGAGAAGGUACUGAUCGACCACCUCUCCAGGGCUCGGUGCAAUCACAGUCAAGCUCCUCGAGCGAGGCAGACCCCCUUUCACGAUGUACAGAACUGGAAGAGCUACGUCAAGCAGCUAGCAUGGCCCUGCGCCCGGCCCCUGGGGCUCUCCCCAAUCACAGGGCAUCCCGCAAUGAUUCUGAGAGUAAUGGCGAGUCUCUCCCCGAGUUGGAGGAGCCAGACAGUACUGAACCACAGACUGCACCACCUCAGGCCCAGCUGGCCCACUCCGUGGGAAGUGGUGAAGAGACCGUCAAUAAAGCCAAGCAGAGCCGUAGCGAGAAGAAGGCCCGAAAGGCCAUGUCAAAGCUGGGCCUGAGGCAGAUCCACGGGGUCACCCGAAUCACCAUUCGGAAGUCUAAGAACAUUCUCUUUGUCAUCUCCAAGCCUGAUGUCUUCAAAAGUCCAGCUUCAGACAUCUACAUAGUCUUUGGGGAAGCUAAGAUUGAGGACCUGUCCCAGCAAGUGCACAAGGCAGCAGCAGAGAAGUUUAAGGUACCGGCCGAACCCUCACCCAUCAUCACAGAGACAGCACCAGGCCUCAGUGUCAAGGAGGAGAGUGAAGAUGAGGAGGUGGAUGAGACGGGCCUGGAGGUACGUGACAUUGAGCUGGUGAUGGCUCAGGCCAAUGUGUCUCGAGCGAAGGCUGUCCGGGCUCUGAGACACAACAAUAAUGACAUCGUCAAUGCCAUUAUGGAGCUGACCAUGUAGCCACUGCCCUGCCCGGCCAGCUCCACCCCACUCCCCUUUGCCCCUGCAUCCCUCAACUUAAUGCUGCUCAAUAAACCUGUAUUCACUCCC